UUUUAACACAGGUUAUGUUAUUAUUUGUGUAUGGUUUUGCGCGAGUGAGGGUUAUCUAAGCGAAUUUAAUUAUAAUACUCUGUGAAAUGAAUGAAGUUGAUUCGAAAUUGGGUGACCUGGACUUGGAGGAUCAAAGUGAUACAACAGAAGAAGAUACCAGCAGCAGCGAUGAGAGUGAUGUCGAGAUCAAAUUUAAUGUGGCUAUGUGGGAUUUCAAUCAGUGCGAUCCAAAGAAGUGCUCAGGACGGAAAUUGGCCAGAUUAGGGUUGGUUAAAUGUCUGAAGGUGAAGCAGAAGUUUCCUGGAUUAGUGUUAACUCCAACUGGGAAAAUCUGUGUGAGUCCUGCAGAUAAAGACAUCAUAACAAAGAAAGGGUUAGCUGUGGUCGAUUGCUCAUGGGCAAAAAUUGAUGAGACUCCUUUGGGAGCUUUGAAACCCCAACAUGCUAGACUAUUGCCGUACUUGGUAGCAGCAAAUCCUAUAAAUUACGGAAGACCGUGCCAGCUGAGCUGUGUGGAGGCUUUGGCUGCUGCCAUGUACAUUACAGGGUACAAAAAAAUUGCACACCAUUACUUGGACAAGUUUGGUUGGGGCCAUUCUUUCAUAACAUUAAAUGAAGAACUGUUGGAUAUUUAUGCAGCAUGCACCGACAGUAAAUCAGUGGUUGAAGCACAGGGAGCUUACAUAGAGAAGGAACAGCAAGCACAGCUGCAGAGGCAAAAUAUUCCUGACUUUCCCCCAUCAGAUUCUGAUUCUACAGAUAGUGAUACUGAUUAAUUCUAAAAUCUAACAUAUAUGUAAAAUAUUUAUAAAUAUAUUAUGGAUAUUUUUUUUUA